AGAUAAAAACAAACACUUUGUAACCUCCUAAACCAUCUCGUGCAAACUAGGAAGUCAGGAAAACAUAAAUAGAUAAAUUAAUAUCAGAUGGCAGCACAGGUAAGAUUGUUGGCGAUGAAUGAUUGGUUUAGUAAUGUGUCGAACAGUCGAAGCACAGAGAACAUGGCUACGACCGGUGAAACGGAAAUUAACAAUAAGUCAUUUGAGAAGAAACAUUUUGUACAACAAGCUAUUGGAUUGCAGAGUUUAUUACGGUUUACUGUGCUUAGUUUAGCUUGUCUUGCAGGGUUUAGCUCAAGACUUUUUGCUGUUAUCCGAUUUGAAAGUAUUAUACACGAGUUUGACCCCUGGUUUAACUACCGAUCUACCCAUUAUAUGGUAAAAAAUGGUUUUUACAACUUUCUUAAUUGGUUUGAUGACCGUGCGUGGUACCCUCUGGGGAGGAUAGUAGGAGGAACAGUCUAUCCAGGGUUAAUGAUUACAUCAGGAGCAAUUCAUUAUGUUUUGUCAGCACUGAAUAUUACUGUGAACAUCAGAGAUGUCUGUGUUUUUCUGGCACCCCUGUUCAGUGGUCUUACAGCAUUAGCUACAUAUUUUUUGACAAAAGAAUUAUGGAGCGAAGGUGCUGGAUUGUUUGCAGCUUGUUUUAUUGCAAUUGUACCAGGCUACAUUAGUCGGUCUGUUGCAGGAAGCUAUGAUAAUGAAGGCAUCGCCAUCUUUGCGUUGAUGUUUACGUACUAUAUGUGGGUACAAGCUGUGAAAAGUGGAAGGGUAUACUGGGGUGUACUAACAGCAUUGUCUUAUUUUUAUAUGGUGUCAGCAUGGGGUGGUUAUGUUUUUAUAAUCAACCUCAUACCUCUUCAUGUUUUUGUACUACUUUUAAUGGGAAGAUACUCACAAAGAAUAUACAUAGCAUACACAUCCUUUUACAUUAUUGGAUUGCUGUGUUCCAUGCAAAUACCAUUUGUUGGUUUUCAGCCUGUGAGAACAAGUGAGCAUAUGGCAUCAGCAGGUGUGUUUGUCCUACUAAAUGCCUUUGCUUUCUUGAAAUACCUGCAAUCUUUCAUGUCAAGAACUGAGUUCAAGAGUCUCUUUCUGAUUGCCAUAACAUCGGUUGCAGCAGUUGUUUUCAUUAGUGUUGUCAUAUUGACAUAUACAGGAUACAUAGCUCCAUGGAGUGGGAGAUUUUACUCUUUGUGGGACACUGGCUAUGCCAAAAUUCACAUUCCAAUCAUUGCAUCAGUUUCUGAGCAUCAGCCCACAACAUGGUUCUCUUUCUUCUUUGAUUUACAUGUCUUGAUUGCUGUCUUCCCUGUAGGGUUAUGGUAUUGUAUCAAGAACAUAAAUGAUGAAAGAGUGUUCAUUGUUCUGUAUGCUGUAACUGCUGUUUAUUUUGCUGGUGUAAUGGUGAGGCUGAUGCUUACAUUGACACCUGUUGUUUGUGUCCUUGCGGCCGUUGCCUUUUCUAACGUAUUCAGUACAUAUCUUCAAGAAGAUGAACCACCUAAGUCUUCUAAUGGUACAGACAGUGAAAGUGAUGAGAGUGAUGGAGGAGAAAAAAGGGGAAAUAAACACCUUUAUGAUAAGGCAGGAAAAGUAAGGAAGAUCAAAACAGAUCAAAACAAGGAAAGCAUAGGUCUUGGCUCCAAUGUUCGGACCGUGGUUGUGGUUGUUAUGCUGAUGACCCUUAUGAUGUUUGCUGUCCACUGCACAUGGGUGACAAGCAAUGCAUAUUCUAGUCCCAGUAUAGUACUAGCUAGUUACAGCUCUGAUGGGUCACGGGUCAUCCUGGAUGAUUUCCGUGAAGCCUACUACUGGCUUUGGCAGAAUACACCAGAAGAUUCUCGGGUGAUGUCAUGGUGGGAUUAUGGGUACCAAAUAGCUGGGAUGGGUAACAGAACAACUCUAGUAGAUAACAACACAUGGAAUAACAGUCAUAUUGCAUUGGUGGGCAAAGCAAUGGCAUCAAAUGAAAGCCAAGCUUACAGGAUUAUGCAAUCUUUGGAUGUGGAUUAUGUUUUGGUUAUUUUUGGAGGAGUGAUUGGCUACUCGGGAGAUGAUAUUAACAAGUUCUUAUGGAUGGUUCGGAUUGCAGAAGGAGAGCAUCCAAAAGAUAUUAAGGAGAGCGACUACUUUACUGAUCGUGGAGAGUUUCGGGUUGAUGAGCAAGGGUCUCCAGUUUUGUUGAACUGUUUAAUGUAUAAACUCAGCUACUACAGAUUUGGUGAGCUUCAGCUGGACCAUCGAACACCAUCAGGGUUUGACCGUACUAGAAACAUGGAGAUUGGAAACAAGAAUUUUAAACUUGAGUACUUGGAAGAGGCUUACACCACAGAACACUGGCUAGUUCGGAUCUAUAAAGUUAAGAAAACAACUAAUUGGCAGCGGAUUCCGUAUGGAGAUAGGAAAAUUAAAACAAAGAAAACCUUUACCACAAGAAAAAGCAAUAAAAAAAGAAAGGUGUUAUAAAAAACAGACAAGUUGUUGUAAAAGGCAAACGUCCACAUAGAAGUGCUCAGAAGAAUUGAAAGUCAAAAAGAGAAUGUCUGUGUCCUCAACCGUUGCCUUGCAACUGUAUUGUGGUGCUGCACUGCUGUUUUGGAUCAGCUAUUUUCGGAGACCAUCAAAGUUUAUCCAGCUGUAACUAGUAAAAUGGAUAAGUUAAAAGUAUUUUGUAAACUGUUUAAUUUUUGUGUUUCUGAGUGACAAGCAAAAAAAAAGAGAUUAGAUAGAACAUCAGUUUGACAGAUUCAUAAACAUUAGCAUACAUUUAACAGAACUCUUUAAAUUAAUUGUUAUACAUGUGACAUUCCAGAAGCUGUUCGUCAUUUCUUGGUAACGGUAAAUACAACUUUCUGUUUUGUUCUUUUGCUGUCAGAAAAAAGAUUAAAUAUAGUUCAGAAGGUAUAGUGUUAUUAGUGUAUUUCAACAGUUGGUUUUUUGUUUGUAUAAAGGUAUUUUAAUUUAUAGUUAAUAUUUUUUAAUGAAUAGAGGAAAAAAAAAAGUAUCAUAAACUGUAAAGCUCAGUGAAGCAGAAAUAACAAGUAAUUGAAAUAACUUCGUAAUUUCACAAAUGAAGGAAGAACAACAAAAGAGACAAUACUGUUGAUUUUUUUCUGUUUGAAGCCGGUGCAUAAACCAGCUAGUAAUAAUAUAAAUGUUUCUCCUUAAGUUGUUGAUGUUAAAAUUUAUUUUGUGUAGUAUUAUCUUGUUAUUUGUUUUUGUAUGUUCCAUAAACAGUUUACUGAAAAGUAUGAAAAUAGUAGGGAAAAACAUUACUACUAAGAUUAGUAAGCCCAGUUUUGGUGGUGGCAUUUUUUGUAGAUAACUUUGCCUGUUACCAAAUGCCAGCAUUACAUAAGUCCUAAAAAUAAAAGUUAGAAGCAGUAAUGAUAUACAGAAUAUAAAGAUGGGUGUGUUUUUAUGCAAGUCAUGUUAUGAAUAUGAGAUACAAUAUAUUACUUUGAGAACUAUUGAAAUGCCACAAUUUGUUAAGUUUUAUGGAAGAAUUUUGAUUGUAUUUGUUUUAUUGUAACAAUUAUUUGUUUUCUUAGAUACAAGAAACUUUUUUUUUUUUUGUUAUAAUGACACCAGAAUUAAGGAUCAGCUCAGAAUAUAUUAUUGUAAUAGUCUAAAGCUAGUUCACCAGAACUCUUAGGAAACUACCAGGAAGUAUUAAAUUGAUUUUAUUAAAAUCUAAUUGAAAAUAUGUUGAGUUUGAAAUAAUUUAAAUGUGUUACUGGACUGGCAGAUUUUAGCAAAUGUCUUACCAGUACAAAAAAUAAACAAUUUAUAUUCCUGAGAA